GGCGACUUGACGAGAGCGGGAAGAUGCGGCUAGAAAUCGAAGGGCUCGAGGUGCUGUUUCCGUACCCCCGCGUGUAUGCCGAACAGGUCACGUACAUGCGUGAGCUCAAACGUGCUCUGGACGCCAAGGGACAUGCCAUGCUUGAAAUGCCUACAGGAACAGGCAAGACCGUAGCGCUGCUCUCCCUCGUGUUGUCGUACAAGUACGCACAUCCGCAAACGACAGGCAAGCUCAUCUACUGCACGCGUACAGUGCCCGAAAUGUCCAAAUGUGUGGAGGAAAUCAAGCACGUGAUGAAAUACAGAGCCGAGAUGUUGGGCGCGCAAUCAUCCAUCAUCACGGCAGUAUGUCUAAGUUCUCGUCGUAACAUGUGCGUGCAUCCCCGCGUCAUGAACAACCCCGACGGCGAAACCGUGGAUGGCCAGUGUCGGCAAAUGACGGCGUCGUGGGUGCGUGGCCGUGCGCAAGCUGGCAUGAACGUGGAAACAUGCAGCUUUUACGAAAACUACGACCGACGAUCGACGGACGACCAAGUGCUCGAGAGCGGAGUGUACACGUUGGAUGAUCUUAAGACAAUGGGCACCCAGCGCGGGUGGUGCCCGUACUUCAUGACUCGCCAAGCGAUCGGAACUGCCGACGUCGUCGUGUACAACUACCAGUACAUGCUCGAUCCCAAAGUAUCUCAGAUGGUGUCUCGAUCGCUCGAGCGCGACUGCAUCGUCGUGUUCGACGAGGCCCACAACAUCGACAACGUGUGCAUCGAAGCGCUCAGUGUCACGCUGAAUCGGCGGGCGCUGGACAGGGCCUCUCGCAACCUCACCACGAUCAGCACUGCCGUCAGCCGCAUGAAGCAAGCAGACAAGGCCAAGCUGGAUGCGGAAUAUCGUCGCCUAGUGGAAGGACUGCGGUCGAGCGGAACAGUUGUGGGUGUAUCUGAGACAAGCGACCUCGCGACUGCGAACCCGGUCCUGCCUGCCGAUGUGCUGGAAGAAGCCAUUCCUGGUAACAUUCGUCGGGCGGAACAUUUUCUCGCGUUCCUUCGACGAGUGAUUGAAUACCUGCGCAAACGCAUUAAGGUGCGCCAGGUCGAGUCGGAAACGCCCGCUGCGUUCCUCCACACGAUGCAAACGGAAGUCGCGAUCGACGUGAAGCCGCUCAAGUUUUGCUACUCUCGGCUGAACACGCUGCUUCGAACACUCGAAGUCACAAACUUGGAAGAGUUUACGUCGCUGUCUCAAGUCGCCAACUUUGCCACCCUCGUGGCCACGUACACAGAAGGCUUUAUGCUCAUCUUGGAACCCACGGACGAAUUCAAUCAACCCCAGCCGAUAUUGCAGCUCGCAUGCCUCGAUGCGUCGCUGGCCAUGCGACCCGUGUUUGAACGGUUCUCGACGGUGGUGCUGACAUCAGGGACACUGUCCCCGAUCGAUUUGUACCCGCGCUUGCUCAACUUUUCGCCUGUUGUGCGCGAAUCUUUGCCCAUGUCGGUGUAUCGAUCGUGCAUUUGCCCGCUGGUUAUCACGCGUGGAAGUGACCAGAUGCCUGUGAGCACCAAGUUCGACCUACGCGACGAUUUGAGUGUCGUUCGCAACUACGGUGGGCUGCUGCUCGAGAUGGCGGCGUGUGUACCGGACGGCAUGGUGUGCUUCUUUCCGUCGUACAUGUACAUGGAGAGCAUCAUUCAGCAAUGGGACGUCUUGGGGGUCCUAAAAAAGGUCCUCGCUCACAAACUGAUCUUCAUUGAGACGAAAGACAUUGUCGAGACGACGCUCGCACUCGACAACUACAAGCGCGCGUGCGAAAUCGGGCGCGGCGCAGUGUUUUUCUCCGUUGCACGCGGCAAGGUCGCGGAAGGGAUCGAUUUCGACAGACACUACGGCCGCGCCGUGCUCUUGUUUGGAAUCCCGUUCCAGUACACGCUGUCCAACAAACUUCGUGCUCGCCUCGAGUACCUCCGGUACACACACCACAUCAAGGAAGGGGACUUUUUAACGUUUGACGCGCUUCGCCAAGCGGCGCAAUGCGCCGGCCGCGUCAUUCGAUCCAAGGCAGACUAUGGCAUCAUCGUGUUUGCCGAUUCCCGAUACAAUCGCCUCGACAAACGAUCCAAGUUGCCGCCGUGGAUCAACCAGUUUCUGCUCGAGUCGCACUUGAAUCUGAGCGUCGACAUGGCCGUGCACAUGUCGAAAAAGUACCUGAGCCUCAUGGCCCAGCCCGUCGAGGAGUCUACGACCGUGGCGAGCAUCUUACUCGACGAAAAGGCGGUCGUGAAGCACUUGGAAGGCACAAACAAGCGGCCUCGCUUGGACGGAUAACAUUGCGAACGACGACGUGGUUUCUCAAGGUCCACCAAACCGCGGCGUGAGGUCGCGCUCGGAAACUACCAGCACAGGAACUGUCGACGCACUUGCAACAUUAUCCACACCAAUCCCACCCAUUGUCGUCUGCCAUGGCAGGUGAGGUCACGUUCUGUCAAACAAUGGAACGAAUCCAUCCUUUCGACGCGCCAAUGAUGACCAUGUUUGAAGCGCGCAUGGCGUUUCCCAAAUUGGCAAUUCCAGCGUGGCGUGCUUUAAGGGAAGUUUCAUCAGCCAUUCGAGCAGCCAACUGGGGACCAUGUUGAAUGGAUGGCCAGCAGUCCAUCCACACGGUACGCGAGCACCUCGAAAGAUUUCCACAGCGCAAACUGCUGCACGCGGCGGAAAGAUGGUCGUCAUGCUGCU